AUGUCAUCUCCGCUGACCGCAACACCAGCUUCCGCUGCUCAGAAAAUCAUUCCUACUUCGUCGCAGAAUUUGUUGAAUGAUAAAUGGGACGUGGUGUUAUCCAACGCGUUGAUCAAGACCGGAUUGGGAUUUGGAGGCGGUGUCUUGGUGUCGAUUUUGUUUUUCAAGAGAAGAGCGUUCCCUGUGUGGUUGGGAAUCGGAUUUGGGUUAGGUAGAGGAUAUGCUGAAGGCGAUGCUAUUUUCAGGUCGACUGCUGGAUUGAGAACCGUCAAGGCUUAG